CUUCAGCUUAUUUUUGCUAUUCCAUUUGGUCUUGUUUUUUCAAGAAAAAAUUAAUGCGGAAAUGGAAGCUCUUCGAUCUCGUGUUUCCAGUUUUGUUUUGAUCAAAGUGAAGUUUCGGAACCGCAUGUAGUUUCUUUUAGUUUGAAUCUUGUGAUCUUUUGUUUGUAGCCUGGAGUUUUGUUUAUGAUAUUUUAAAACCAACGAAACACACUUUCUAUUAAUCAGGGCGCGAUCCAGCUUAUUUUCAACUCGGAACCCUAUAUCUAGGGUUUUUCAGUAUAUGCAGAGGUUGAAGUAGAUCCACUUGUUCCAAAGAUGUCUCGAGCUGAGGAACUUUGGGAGCGGUUAGUCCGUGCUGCAUUGAGAAGGGAAAGGACGGGUGAAGAUGCAUAUGGACAACCGGUUGGUGGAAUUGCUGGAAAUGUACCAUAUGCCCUAGCUAAAAAUAGGGAUAUUGAUGAAAUUUUGAGAGUUGCUGACGAAAUUCAAGAUGAUGAUCCCAGUGUCUCAAGAUAUGUGAGCAUGCAUAUUCUUUAUCUCAAAAUUUGGACCCUAACAGUGAAGGCCGAGGUGUGUUACAAUUCAAGACUGGUUUGAUGUCUGUCAUCAAGCAAAAGCUGGCUAAAAGAGAAGCUGGAACCAUAGAUAGAUAUCAGGACGUAGCGUGGUUACAAGAGUUCUACAAAAGUUAUAGAGAAAAGAAUAAUGUGGAUAGAUUACGUGAGGAAGAAAUGAAGUUGAGGGAAUCUGGUGCUUUUAGUUGGGAUUUGGCGAGUAUGUGUUUUGACUGAGAAAAUGGCAUAAGACUGAUUUGGAUUAUCAUGUGCUUCCUCUUUCCCUCUCUUGUUGUGGUACUACAUGCGUUAAAGUUGGAGUGCAUAACUGUGAAGAGGAAAAGGGUUUUUGCCACCUUAAAGGUUUUGGGAACAUUACUUGAGCAGCUGAGUGAGGAAAUUCCGGAUGAGCUGAAGCAGGUUAUGGACUCAAAUUCUGCUUUGACAGAGGAUCUGAUUGCAUACAAAAUCAUUCCCUUAGACACAUCUUCUUCAACAAAUGUUAUUGUUUCUUUACCUGAGGUGCAAGCAUCAAUGUCAGCUUUGAAGUAUUUCAAUGGCUUGCCAGAGUUGCCCAGGGGCUAUUUCAAUCCUUCAUCGAGGAACACUAAUGUGUUUGACUUUUUGCAGUGUAUUUUUGUAUGAUUUCCAUGUUUUUUGAAGUCCAGAUUAGUGUGAUUCUUUCAAUUGUAGAAAAUAUAUUUUUUUUAUUGGGUUCUCAAAAUUUGCAAUAUUUUUAGAAUAUAUAAAUGAUUAUGGGCUAAUCUUAGUGUAUUUACAGUAGAUUUAAAGUUCUUUUAUUUUACCCAUAUUCCAAUUCUUCCUCUUAUCCUUUAAAAUAAGUGAUUAAUUUUCAAGUUUGUUAUGGGGAAGUUAUAACUAGUUAUUGGAUUAACUAGUAAUACAACUAACAAAGUUGUUCUAGAAAAGAAUGUUUUUCACGUAAACAUCCCAAAAAGAUUUAUGUAUAAAUCAGCUGAAAGAAGCUAUUGUUUAAUUAAAAUUUUCCAAUAACUUGUAGAGAUUGCUAGAUUGACUUUCCCACCCAAUUUGAUGUCAUGUUUGCCCGAAGUUUAAACAUGUAGCCACAUCCCUCCCCCACACACAUAUUACACAUACAAAGACACUCACAAAAAAAAAAAACACAAAUACAUACACAAACCUCGCCUCUACAUACACAAACUCAUUCACACACACAACACAAAUACAUGCACACAUGCACACAAUUGAUUCUGCUGUUGUUGGUAAAGACAUUUUAAAUGAGUCAACACAGGUGUGUUCUAACCUUGAAAUUCCAGUUGCUUUAUCUGAGUUCCCUGUAUUGUUUAAUGCACUUGAUUAUCUGUGCAUAGAUCCUAUAGAGCAUGUUGAUGACACUGUUGNACUUAUUGAUUCUAAGGCUUUUAAAGCAGCAUUUGAGAUUGGACAUCUUCAUACUCCUGCUGAAUGUAUUGAU